CCGCUGCCGCUGCCGGGUCAGCGUGGAUUACAAGGAGAGAGCGAAGCUAACAAAAAGGAAAUCACAGCAGCUCAUCGGUGGAUGCACCGGGGACUGCGUGGAAAAGGAGCCACGGUUUGUGCGGAAACAGACGGACAGAGGACCGAGAAAAGACACAAAUAAGGCGCAGGAGCGGUGGAUUUUCUUUCUGGAGAAAGAGCGGCGCAACAUUUCCUCGUCUGCAUCUCCAAGAAGGAAUCUGUUGGGAAUAAUAAUAUUUUUUUAAAUCACGCGCAAAAACAAGCAAAUAAACUGCGUGCACGCUGAUCGCAGGCAAAGGAUGAGCGUGUUUUCUACAGGGAGCAGGGAGCUGAGGUGAAGGCCCCCAGAGAAACCACUUAAAAUACAAACGCAGUGGGUCAUGGCGAACGGAGGGGACCAGUUCGGCCUUGCAGAUCGCCCGGACUCGGACUGUCUGGACUCUCCGAAGGAGAGCAAGCAGGAAAAUCUCAGCUUCACUUUAAAAUCAGCAGCUGCUUCACCGCAGACAGCUUCCAGCCAGCAGGUUGCGGCCUCUGCUGCAGACCCUGAUGGAAUGGAGGGGAUCAAAGUUGUCCUUCAUGACAGGGAACUUUGGACCAAGUUUGACGAAGUGGGAACUGAAAUGAUCAUCACGAAAGCUGGAAGGAGAAUGUUCCCCAGCUACAAGGUCAAAGUCACAGGACUCAAUCCAAAGACCAAGUAUAUACUCCUAAUGGACAUCGUGCCCGGAGAUGACCAUCGCUACAAAUUUGCGGACAAUAAAUGGUCUGUAACGGGCAAAGCAGAGCCCGCGAUGCCCGGCAGGCUCUACGUCCACCCGGACUCUCCCGCUACCGGAGCGCACUGGAGCCGCCAGCUUGUCUCCUUCCAGAAGCUCAAACUCACCAACAAUCACCUGGACCCCUUUGGACACAUAAUACUCAACUCCAUGCACAAAUACCAACCUCGUCUCCACAUUGUCAAAGCGGAUGAAAACAACGGCUUCGGCUCAAAGAACACGGCUUUCUGCACCCAUGUGUUCCCAGAAACCGCCUUCAUUGCUGUGACUUCUUAUCAAAACCACAAGAUCACACAGUUGAAGAUAGAAAAUAAUCCGUUUGCCAAGGGCUUCAGAGGCAGUGACGACAAUGAGCUGCAUCGCAUGGCCAAGCUUCAAGGUAAAGAUUACCCCGUCGUUCCUCGCAGUACUGUCCGACAGAAAGCCUGCUCUGCUGGGAGUCCCUUCAGUGGGGAGAGUCGAGGUCUGCGGGGGUCUCCUGAUGCCAUCGGGUCCCCUUUCAGCUGUGAGAACGGUUUGAGCUGCGGCAGUCCUCAGGAGCUGCUGAGCGCCCCGCCUGUUCACUACUCCCAUCCUCACCCACACCUUCAGCCUGGCCAGCAGCUGCCGGGCUACAGCUACAGCAAGAGGAAAGCAGAGGAGAACUGCUCUCCAAGGAACCACCAGCCUCCAUACAAGAAACCCUUCACUGGUGGUUCACUAAGCGAGGAGGAGUCCUACUACCACCCCUCCUCCUAUCCCGCUCCUCCACCCGGUUUGUCAAACCUUCCCACUCUUGGUCUCACUGACUCCCCCUACAGCUCAGACAUGGGACAGCGUCAGGCAUGCAUGUUUGCCGGCUCAGAACCCAGAAUGGAUGAAUUCAACUGCACAUCCUGGUCGUAUACCUGCCCGCUCCCUACCGCUAUGACCCCCGUGGAACCUUACCCACCUUACACUCCUCAUCCCCCUUACAGCUCCAGCCCCCAGGGCUCUAGACUAAGCGCUUUGGCCCAUCAGAGCUCUCCGUCGUUGGGAGAGCACAUCCCACAUGAUCCCUACCAGAGCCAGAGCUCCGGACCUCGAUCGCAGAGCUCCCAGAGCGUUCCCAGCAGACAGCUUGGCUCUCCUCUCAGAGAGUUUCCACGCUACACACCCAACCUGUCGCCGCCUCUCUAUCACACACUAGACACCCACACACACAUCAGGUGUGGAGUCCCAGAAUGGAGUGCAGCCUCCUAACCGAACCAUAAAGACAGAUUCAACAUAACCUCCCUGCUCUCCUUAGAGAUGCUGCACUGAACGAACUGAGAUACUUUUGUAAAGUCAUUGUGAAUUCUGUGAUGUUGUGCUGUGUAAGUCAUGUUCCUCCUCUCUGCUAGAAGGAGCAGCAAAUUAUUAAGGAUCUAACAAUAAGGACAUUAGUGAAAUGUAGCCUCUUCCAGGCAGCCUGGUGAUCAGUGACGUUGUUAUCUUUGCGUCUAUUUGAAGCUCAUUCUAACAUUUUCCCUGUGAUUUAUUUUUAAGGCCAGACCCCUGAACAGCACUUGGCUGUUUCUCUCUCAACAUCUGCUACUUUAUGCAUGGUGAAGGAUGUAAAUUGUGCACACUGUCAGUCAGACAGCAACAUUUAUCCACCAAUGUAAUCUCAGUUAUCACAACACAGCCCAGGGCAGACUUGUCUCUCUUGUUAGUGGAGCAAAGUACUGCUCCAUGCUCAGUCUCAGUGAAGGAGAAAAGGCACUGUGUUGUCCAAAUGUGUGCUAGUGUACAUGCAAACCCAGUGUCAGCUCAGCUAAAGGAUGCUCAGAGUUUAAUUUCCAAUGAGACAGCCAGCAAUAGCUGCAGGCUCCCCUUUGCAGAGAUAAACACUUUGUUUAGAUCGUGCUACAGGCUGAAAGACCUGUAAACACUGCUUCCAUUGCAUUCUGGGUAAAUGCACAAGUCAGCGUCACACAGCUGUCACUGGUGUCCUCUCAGUCACCCCCAACUGACCAAUCAGCAUCCUCUGUUCACAGAGUAGCAGCAAAUGAACACUAAGCUUAUAUUUAUUCUCAGCUGACCGGAGAGGUUUAUGUGUGUGCGUGUGUGUGGGAGUGUGUAGGCGUGUGCGUGUGUGUGUUGGCCCUUUCUUGUUUGCUUGUGAAUUAUUCAUGAAUCUAAUGCUGAUUUCUGACACGUGAGGAUUGCUCAGCAGAAAAAAAGAAGAAAAAAAUGAUGCUCUGCAUAUGAAAAUGUCAACGCACCAAGCCAGUGUUGCUGCAUUGACAUCAAUGCUUUGCUUUUGAUCGAAAUUGGUCUCUGUCAUAUUCACACACAAUUAUUCCAACAUUUGCUUUGAUUAGAUUUCAGUACAUUUCCCUUGUAGCUUACUGUAAACAUUUGUAUCCUUUUCCUGACAGAAAGCUUGGUUUUAUGUUUGUGUCCUGAAGCAGUUUUCAUUUCUCUGACCGGGUGUUUUAACAUGCAGUAACCUAUUAUAAGGUGCUUUAACAUGACAUUAGCAACAGCCUCAUCAUGUGUUUGCACACCCGUCUGCCACUUUAUUUGGUCCACUUGUUUAGUUCCGUUUAUAAAUGAAAAUACUGAAUUAGCCAAUCUCAUGUCAACAACUCAAUGCCGUUAAGUAUCUAAAGUUGAAAUUGAGGCUUCUGGUGGGGGCAUGGUUGUGUCGGGAAUAUUGUCUUGUCUUUGGGCCUCAUAAUGCCAACUGCAGCCUACCCAGAUAUUGUUGCUGAUCAUGUUCUUCCCUUUAUGACAACCUGCAGCUAGAUAAUGCCCAUGUUGGAGAGCUCAAAUCAUCUCAGUUUGGCAAAGGCAGUGACGGUGGUAGGACUUUAUUCUGCCACUGUAGGACAAAUGGUGGGCAACUGUAACCUUGUGUCCUUGGGGAAGGGACUUCACCCGCCUGCCCUGGUGGUGAUGGUCAGAGGGCCCAUUGGUGCGGGUCCAUGGCAGCCUCACUUCUGUCAAUCUUCCCCAGGGCAGUCUGUGAAUGAAUUGGUGAAUGACUGAAUGUAGUGUUACAUUCCUACAUUCCUACAGCCCUCUUUACUUUAUAAAUUACAGGCCAUCUACCAUUCUUGAACAUGAGGUCAGUUCAGAGUACUACACUGGCUUCUACUGGGAACUGAUCGGAGUUGGCUGCACCUCCAUAAUGAGGUGCAGCCAACUCCGAUCAGUUCCCAGCCAACAAAUCUGCAGAAGCUGUGUGAAUCACGUCAAUACGGACCAAAAUGUCUGAGGAAUGUUCCUGACACCUUGUUGUAUCUUUGUCACAAACAAUUAUGGGAGAUCAGAAGUCAAAAGAAAAUCAAGUCUAAUCAUCUAUUAGCGCAGUGUACCUAAUAAAGUGGCCGGUGAGUGUGUAUGCGUGCCUGCGUGUGUAUGAAAAUGAGAUGUUUUAGAGUGUUUUUUUAGCGUUGUUGCUGUUAAUAGUAUUUAUUGCUCCAGGUUUGUAAAGUUUGCUUGUUGUUAACUUGUGGAACAGUUUUGAGGGUUUAUCUCCAGUUUUACUCUCCAUCCCAAAGUGUUGAAAAAUAGUUGCGAAAACUAAAGAAAACAACAUGUUUUAUUGGAGAA